AUUUCACACAAACUUGCACAACAAUUCCGUAUUAAAAUACCGCGAAUGCAAGAAACUAUACUUAAUGCGCGUACAGGGCUCCCGCACAAUCGCGUGUAAAGUCUUUGCCGAUGCUCUCGAAAAUGUCCGCGAAAAUUAACGCGUUCGGCCACUGUUAGCGUAGCGAAACUGUAUCUAUAAUUCCGUACUACAGGUGGAUUUUACUCAAACGACCUACACAAUGAGAAACGCGGUAAGUAAAAUGUUCACUUAAAAAUUAAAAUAGAUAAAUAAAUCUAUAAUGGAUUGAUUGAAUUGAGCGGGUUAGCUUGGAGCGUGUUUAUCGAUAUUAAAAUACCUAAUCAAUUUUUAGACUGAUAGCGUACCAUGCUGCAUGACAAUACUAAUGGGUUCCCGUUUGGAAAGGUUUGUAGAUAAACGUCUAAUGUGUCUUCAGUAGGUACGAGUUUGAACUUUCUAGAGACACGUGUUGAUCCGUAGUGAUUAUUUCGUUCUGAAAAUGAGUGACAACAAUGUUUUUAUCAUUUUAUGCAAUUGAUGAAGACCUUCUACUGCGAGGUUUGUCUUCAAUCGACUCUCUGCCAUCUGAAUAUGCCAUAAACCACCUAAAAACUUGAGCCCUGAGUACACUGUCUGAAAAAUUUCCUUCGCACUGUGCCCAAGUCUGAAACAAAAUCGAUUAGCACACCCCAUUUGACUGGGGUGAUAUUUUAGAAAUGUUUUUUUUUGAUUUUCCUAGAAGUUUUAUAUUGAAUGGGGAAAACGGGAAAAUUUACGAAAUGUACUUAUUACUUUAAAAUCAUAUAUAUUACGGCCUUUCAAAACAUGUAUAAUCAAAUAUAACCAAAUCGUAUUUCAUUAGCAAUAUUUAAUCGUUGCGUACAGAUAUACAUUUUUCUUCUACCUUCCCAACUUCUCACCUACAACAGUGGCCCACCCAUCGUAUGAAAUGUGUCCGUUUCUUUUUUUCUUUUUGUGUGAAUGACAAUACAUUUUGCAGUUUAUUUUUAUCAACAUUUUAUGUUAAAAUUCGUUAAAAACACAAAAUAUUAGAAUUUAUCUUCUAGUUAUAAAAUAAUAAAAUAUUACCAACGAAAUACAAAUUUCAACGAAGUUCAGUUAAAACAUAUUUUGAAAUGUUGUGAUAUUUACGGUUUUCAUCAAAAUUUAAUCCUAAAACGAUUAUAACUACCCUAUAUUACGCUUAAUUUUAGAUUCCGAGCUUAACGAGGGAGCUAUUGGUUUUACUAAGAUGUUUAUUUCUUUUUUUUCUAUUUUCUUUGUUCUGGUCUAUGGACAUGUGUUUUCUUAGUAACUUGCUCCGAUUUUUACGUGUAGCAAUUUUUCUGAAAAUUCGAGUUAUUUAGAUGGUACUUUAGAGAGGUUAUUUUUUGAUUUUCAACGCCAUUUUUUGAAUAAAAGCACUUAGGUUGGAAAAACCGUAGGGAAACGUACAUUUCCACGAUUUCAUUUUUUUAUAAAAACGCGGACGACGUUUUCUACCAGAAAAAGUGAUUUAAUCGAUAAAUCACAAGACACCUUUUUUGUUGUCUUUUUGAUUUACUUUCUAACGGUAUCAUUUCUUUUGAGAUUUUAAGGAAUUUUAAUUUUUGCUGUAAUUCGGUUAUAAAUACACGUAGACUUGAAACUUGAUAAUAAUAAUUAUAUUGGACUUACAUAGACGUGGUAAAAAUUUUAAAAUCAUCAGACGACUUUUAAAUUUUUUUACAAUGGUACUUAAUUUUUUUUAUACUUUAGACCACUUUUAUCUUAGAAACUUGUUCCGAUCUAUAAAUGUAGCACCUUUUCUGAAAUUAAAUUUUAUCUACUUGGUAAAUACAUAGGUCAUUUUUUGAUUUUCGAAACGGUGUUCAAAAUAAAAAGGAUUAACCAGGAAAAAAUACGAUUUUGUUAUAUUAAAUAAUAUGACUCCAAUUGAAGAAUGACAAGAGACCUUUUUUGUUGAAUUAUUAAUGGCUUUUUUAAUGAUGCAAUUCGCUUUUUUGAUUUUCGAAUUAGUUUGCAUAAUAAUCUGGAAGAAACGUAGGAAGGUUAGGUUAAAAAAGUGUAUUAGUUAUUCAAAUUAUGUAUUACCGAACUGCGCUCGGUAUCGUCUUUCGUCAGCAAUGGUUUAUUGUUGCUUACAGAUAUAAAUAAAAUAACCUUAUAAAUCCCACCUUCCCUACUACCCACCUACAACAGUGGCAGCACUCAUCCCCAGUAUCAGCUCUUUUUUUUAUGUUUUUAUCACUUAUAAUGAACCUUGAAAAGGUAAAUGUAUUUAUCUGUCAAAAUUACAAGUCCCUAUGAAUAUUUUAAACUAAAUUAGGUACAACAAAAAACAAAAUUGAAAAUAAUGAAACCAUUAUUCCCGUAAACGUUCCCGUUCUGUCUACGGAUUUUUACCGGUAGGUAAUCAAAUAAAAACACACAUCAUAGUAAAACUAAUAGAUCCCUCGGUACGCUCAAAAUCUAAAGUGGAAUAUCUCGUUUACGAGUUUGCAAAAAUUAAAAAUGUCAACAUCAAAACGUGUUUAAACUGAAACCUCAUUUAUUUAUAUAAUUUAUAUUAUACCUAUAGGUUGCUAUUUGAAAACCAAAAGUAGUUUCACCCCCUUAAAAACAAACGGCCAUUCCAUCCCGGAAAGUCGUCGCCUUUCAGAAAAGUCAUUAAACUUGAAAAAUUUAAAAGUAAAAUUGUUGAUAGAAGAGUUGGUCACAGAAAAAAGAAAAAUAAUAAUAAACAUCAUUGUAAUACGAAUACAUUCCUCGUCCGCCCAGAAUCUAAAAUAAGAGUAACGUAACGUUUUCGAAUAUUAUACGGUAGUAUAAUAUGAUUUCAAAAAGUUUUCACACGAAAAACUUGACCGCAAAACACGUAAAUGACGUUUGAUAUACCCGCUCUGUACGGGUAUAGUAAAAUACAUUUUGCUGCUACGGGAUGAGUUUUUUUUUUUGAAACCGCAAGGUAAAAUGCGUAUUCACAUAGGUAUUAUGUUGUGCGUAGUGCGUGUUCGCGAUAUGCGGUUUGGCCGCGUUCGUAGCGGCGAUCGAGUUCGAACAGCAGCUGCAAUUACAGGCGCCGCAGAGCUAUUAUUACGACGGACGUUCACAACCGGCGGAAGAGUCGACGCGCACUCAUCACGGCAGUCACAAGCUGAAGAAGAUGAAGAAACGGCUAUUGCUGCAAUGCCUGUUGUCGCUGGGACAGCAACGGCGGCGGAGACGGGACACGGACGCGGCCACCGGCCGGUUUUUGAUUCCGUUCGCGGUCCAAAACACAAACGUGAACGUCGGCGGGGGUGGCGGCGGAGGUGUCGGCGGAUACGACGACCCGCAGUUUGGAAACUACGGCGGCGGCGGCUGCAUGCAGAUGCUCAACGGCCACAAGCCGUUGUUGGGACAGUUGGGCUCACCAUUGGGAUCGUUGGUUUCUUCGGUGGAAGAAUCCGGCCCGGGAAACCGGAACGGCCAGUACACGGACUGGAACAGAUACGCCAGACAGUUCAACCGGAACUUCGUCAGGCCGCUCUAUCGGUUGUUUUAGAGACGCGUCCGUUCCUAUAAUCUCGACUCGAAUAUUUCACAAUGUAAUUGUAAUCUUUUAAAGUGUGUAUCACGUGAAAUGUCGAUUUAGUUUUUUAGUAUAUUUUACGCAACAAUUUUUCCCUCCUGUUAUCGGUCUUUCUUUUUCGGAAAAAAUAUUAUGUUCAAAGAAUCGUAGGUUUUAUGCGACCAGCCAUAUUUGUACGGGUACCACGACGGGUAUCAUUAAUUAUCAUUAUAAUAUUAUAUGAUUUUAUAUGUUUUAUAUUAAGUACUCGCUCUGUAGUCUGUACAAUGUGUAUAGUAUAUGUAUAUUUAGGUAGUAAACCUUAGCUGUUAAAAUAUCGUGUAAUUUGUUUUAUAUAUUAUAUAAAAAAAAAGAAAAAAAGAGGGAUAGACCCUCCAUUAAUAAUUGUCGCACAAUAUCGUUGAUUUCAAAUAUUGCUAAAAUCUUUGAACAAUUACUCAAAAAAGAAUUACAUGACUACCUUGAAACUUAUGAUAUUCUCCAUCCAUCCCGAUUCGGUUUUUUACCAAGCUAUUUCUAAAAUCACCAAAGUGGUCUACACUGCAUUAGAUAAUGAUACAGAACGUGCAGCAAUUUACCUUGACUUGGUUGAAGCUUUCGACACAGUAGACUAUGACAUAUUUCUGUCAAAACUUAUUGAUACAACUUAUUGGUACAAGAAUCGAAAAUGCAGCCCUAAAAUUUUUUAAAUCGUACCUGUCUUUGUGCCCCCUAUGUAAAGAACACGCUGAGUUCUCUUAAGCUAAUUAAAUGUGGAGUCCCCCAAGGCACCUCUUUAUCCCCUCUCCUGUUUAAUAUUCAAACAAAUAAUAUUAGCUCACUGCUCUUGUGAGGUUCAUUAGUAUGUUUUGUUGAUGCAGCCCUAAUAGUGACUGGAACGACGUCUUUCUUAAUAUACAAAAUGAUAUUACCAUCGUUCAGAACUGGUUACUGGAAAAUAAUAUUUUCCUAAAUAUUGAUAAGACAUUCAUGCUACCGCAUUAUAUAACCAAUUCUGAUUUUCCCAACAUAAACCACAUUCCAUUGCACUUAUUUAACUGUCGUAAUAUAAAUUCAUGCGAUUGUGAAAUCAAAUUAUACAUCAGCACAUCUGUAAAAUAAAUGUGUGUUAUAAUGAGCAGAAAUUUUAAAUGGACAGAACAUUAAAAACUAAUAUUAAUCAAACUACGAAAACUCGUCUGUACCUUUAACCAGCUAAAACGUAUGUUAAACCCUACCCUUAUUAAAAGUGUAUACAAAACCUUAGUUGAAUCAUUAUUAACCUACGGAAUAAUUGCCUGGGGUGGUGCCUGCAAUUCCAAUCUUAAGAAACUUCAAACAACUCAAAACAACAUACUAAGAUCUAUACUAAAUAAAAACAGGUACUUUCAUAAUGUAAACUUCUACUCGGAAUUCAAUAUUCUAACAAUAAAAAAACGGUUUUAUUUUUUUUUAAACAGCAGUAAUCUACUCAAUUAAAAACAACUUAAACAAACCGCUAAAGCACAAUUUUAAUAUUCUAUAUAAAUUGAAUAACGUUGUAGUUCCCAGAACUCGCAAAUCCUUCACUCAAACCUCUUUCUUUUUUGUUCGACCAUUUAUAUUUAAUACAUUUUCUUUAGAGUUACACUAUCUGAAUUAUACAGACUUUAAAUUACAUCUAUAAAAAUGGCUUCUCCAACAAGCAGCAAAAUUCGCACAUAAAUUAUUAUAGGCAUCUUUUGUAUUCAUUUAACUUGUUAUAUAUA